GGUGGCCGUCGUAGGCAGCCAAAGCAGCGGCAAAUCAAGUGUCCUGGAAGCCCUCGUCGGUCGCGACUUCUUGCCCCGAGGCUCUGACAUCUGUACUCGCCGCCCCCUCGUGCUUCAGCUACUUCAGAUCAAGCGGAAGCCAGACGGAACUGAUGAGGAGUGGGGAGAGUUCCUUCACAUCCCUGGAAAGAAGUUCUAUGAUUUCAACGACAUUCGGAGAGAAAUUCAGGCAGAGACAGACAGAGAGGCUGGAACAAACAAAGGGGUUUCAGACAGACAGAUUCGGUUGAAAAUAUUCUCUCCAAAUGUUCUUGAUAUUACACUAGUUGAUUUGCCGGGCAUAACAAAGGUACCUGUUGGAGAUCAGCCUUCUGACAUUGAAGCCCGAAUCAGGACAAUGAUAAUGUCAUAUAUUAAACGUCCAAGCUGCCUAAUACUGGCUGUCACACCAGCUAAUGCUGACUUAGCUAACUCAGAUGCCCUCCAGAUUGCUGGAAAUGCUGACCCUGAUGGUAAUCGAACCAUUGGCAUAAUCACAAAGUUAGACAUUAUGGAUAGGGGCACAGAUGCUCGCAAUUUUUUACUUGGAAAAGUGAUUCCACUUCGACUUGGUUACAUUGGGGUUGUGAAUCGUAGCCAGGAGGAUAUUCUGAUGAAUCGGAGCAUCAGUGAUGCACUUAUUGCUGAGGAGAAGUUCUUUCGCAGUCGUCCUGUUUAUAGUGAUCUUGCUGAUCGUUGUGGUGUUCCUCAGUUGGCAAGAAAGCUGAACCAGAUUCUGGUGCAACAUAUCAAAACACUUCUUCCAGGGUUGAAGUCUCGCAUUAGUGCUGCACUUGUUACUGCCGCGAAGGAGCAUGCUAGCUUUGGGGAUAUUACUGAGUCUAAGGCUGGUCAAAGCGCGCUGUUUCUGAACAUUCUUUCAAAGUAUUCUGAAGCUUUCUCUUCAUUGAUUGAAGGGAGAAAUGAAGAGAUGUCAACAUCUGAGCUCUCUGGUGGUGCAAGGAUUCAUUACAUCUUUCAAAAUAUCUAUGUGAAAAGUAUUGAGGACGUUGACCCCUGUGAAGAUUUAACUGAUGAAGAUAUUCGAACUGCCAUCCAAAAUGCAACUGGCCCUAAAUCAGCAUUGUUUGUACCCGAAGUGCCAUUUGAAGUUCUUGUGAGAAGGCAAAUAUCACGAUUGCUGGAUCCAAGCCUUCAAUGUGUGAGAUUUAUUUAUGAUGAGCUAAUAAAGAUGAGCCACCACUGUAUGGCGAAUGAACUGCAACGGUUCCCAGUUUUAAGAAGGCGCAUGGAUGAGGUCACAGGAAACUUUUUACGAGAAGGUUUGGUUCCAUCAGAAAAUAUGAUUGGGCACAUCAUUGGAAUGGAGAUGGAUUACAUAAAUACCUCCCAUCACAAUUUUAUUGGUGGGAACAAAGCUGUGGAGAUGGCAAUGCAGCAGAUUAAGACUCCCAGGAUUUCUCCUCCUGUUCAAAGGCAGAAAGACGGAUUGGAUGCAGAUAAAGCACCAGCAUCUGAAAGAAGUCUAAAGUCUCGGGCUAUUCUGGCUAGGCCUGUGAAUGGAAUUGUGCCAGAUCAGGUUCGGACUGUCCCAGAAGUUGAAAAACCCACACCUGGAGCUACUUCAAGUUGGGGAAUAUCAUCAAUAUUUGGUGGGUCUGAUCAUCAUCGCACAUCUGUGAAAGAAAGUUCAACGAGCAAGCCUUUUAAUGAUCCUGUCCAGAGCAUGGAACAUGCCUAUUCGAUGAUUCAUUUGAGAGAGCCACCCAAUGUCUUGAGGCCCUCAGAAACCCACACAGAUCAGGAGUCCAUCGAAAUAACUGUCACAAAACUGUUGCUGAGAUCAUAUUAUGACAUUGUCAGAAAGAAUAUUGAGGAUUAUGUACCUAAAGCGAUAAUGCACUUCCUGGUAAACCACACCAAACGGGAGUUGCACAAUGUUCUCAUAAAAAAGCUUUACAGAGAGAACCUCAUCGAAGAGAUGCUGCAAGAACCUGAUGAGAUAGCCACGAAAAGGAAGCGUACAAGAGAAACACUUCGUCUAUAUCAGCAAGCUUUCAAGACACUGGAUGAAUUGCCACUUGAAGCAGAUUCAGUGGAAAGAGGGUAUAGUGUCAACUCAGACUCAACAGGGUUGCCAAAGAUCCAUGGGCUACCCACAUCCUCAGUGUAUACUACCAGUUAUGGUUCCUCUUCCGAUUCCUGCGGUGCUUCCCCAAAGAAUCCAAGAGGGUCUCGUAAAUCUUCCCAUUCCGGGGAGCUCCAGCCACAAACUGGUGGAGACUCCAAUGGCAGUGGACGCAAUUCUGUUUUUGGUCUUUAUCCAACAAUCGAUGCUUGAGGGGAUGGAUAUUUCUUCCCUCCAGCAUAUUAUGGCUGCGAAGCUAGCGGGAAUUGAAGCGUUGGACGAUUCAUGGAAGGCUACUUUUAUUCAUUUCAAUCGAAAUAUGUAUGAUAUGAUAACCCAGCAACCCGCGACAAGCUAUUAGUUUUGUUCACUAUAUAUAGUUUCAUACAUAUGCAUUUAUUGGUUUAGAAACUCAUAGAUGAAAUAAUUGAAGGCGGAGAUGUGCAAUCAUUUUGGGUUUAUCUGUGUUUUUGUAAAAGUUUAUUUAAUCUAUAAACUAAUUUUGUAAUACAAUCUUUAGACAAUCUAGUUCAAUCCUCCAAUCCCCAUCAAAGGAAAUUAAU